GUGGAAAAGAAUUCUAUAAAUCAACUCGAGGACCACUUCAUUAAAAACUUCUCUAAAAACCAUUAUUUCCAUUUCUUCAAUAAUUUGUGAGUUAUGACAGGAAGGUGGAAUCUUGAAGGCUGCACUGCCCUUGUUACUGGUGGCUCUCGAGGCAUAGGGUAUGGGAUCGUAGAGGAACUAGCAGGUCUUGGAGCAUCAGUUUAUACAUGUUCACGUAAUCAAAAGGAGCUUAAUGAGUGCUUGGCUCAAUGGAGAAGUAAAGGUUUUAAAGUUGAAGCAUCUGUUUGUGAUUUAUCAUCAAGAACUGAACGAGAGGAGUUUAUGAAGACUGUCGCCAAUCAUUUCGAUGGCAAGCUCAAUAUUUUGGUAAAUAAUGCUGGUAUUGUCAUAUACAAAGAAGCUAAAGAUUACACUAUGGAAGAUUACUCUCUGAUCAUGAGCAUCAACUUUGAGGCUGCUUACCAUGUAUCUGUACUUGCACAUCCCUUAUUAAAGGCAUCAGAAAGGGGAAAUGUUGUCUUUAUUUCUUCUAUUUCUGGGGCUUCUGCACUUCCAUAUGAGGCUGUUUAUGGAGCAACCAAAGGAGCAAUGGAUCAACUCACAAGAUGCUUAGCGUUUGAGUGGGCAAAGGACAAUAUUCGUGUCAAUGGUGUUGGACCAGGGGUUAUUGCAACUUCUCUUGUCGAAAUGACAAUCCAAGAUCCAGAGCAAAAAGAAAACUUGGAUAAGUUGAUUGAUAGAUGUGCUCUCCGUCGAAUGGGAGAGCCUAAAGAACUUGCAGCAGUGGUUGCAUUCCUCUGUUUCCCAGCUGCUUCAUAUGUCACUGGCCAAAUUAUAUAUGUUGAUGGUGGAUUUAUGGCUAAUGGUGGUUUUUAAUCAUCAUUUAAUUUGUCUCUGCCUUUGUAAAUUACUCCAUCAAAUAAGAGAAGGAAUUGAACUUUCUA